AUGUCCCAGCAACACACACUGCCAGUGACCCUGCCCCCGGCCCUUAGUCAGGAGCUCCUCAAGACUGGUUUUCCUCCAGCUGACAUCCAGCAAGAGCAAAGGAAGCAGCCAACUCCACUGCCGGCCCCAUGCCAGAAGGUGCACUCUGAGUUCCCUGUAGAGGACCCCUCAAAGCAUGAGGAGAAACACACAACUCCUGUAAAAGGGGUGCUUGAGCAAGAAGGUGGGCAGCUGCGGCAGGAGCCACAGGAACAGGAACUGCAUCUGGGAAAGCAGCAGGAGUUGCAGGAGCAGGAACUGCAGCUGGGAAAACAGCAGGAGCUGCAGGAACAGGAACCACACCUGGAAAAGCAGCAGGAGUUGCAGGAGCAGGAACUGCAGCUGGGAAAGCAGCAGGAGCUGCACGAGCUGCAGGAGCAGGAACUGCACCUGGGAAAGCAGCAAGAGUUGCAGGAGCAGAAACUGCACCUGGAAAAACAGCAACAGCAGCAGGAGUCACAGGAGCAGAAACUGUAUCUGGUAAAGCAGCAAGAGCCGCAGGAUCAGGAACUGCACCUGGGAAAACGGCAAGAGCCGCAGGAUCAGGAACUGCACCCGGGAAAGCAGCAGCAGCAGAAGGAGUCACAGGAGCAGGAACUGCACCUGGGAAAGCAGCCAGAGCCGCAAGAUCAGGAACUGCACCUGGGAAAGCAGCAGCAGCCACAGGAUCAGGAACUGCACCUGGAAGCAGCGGGAGUCACAGGAGCAGGACCUGCAGCUAGUAAAGCAGCAAGAAGAGCCACAGGAGCAGGAACUGCACCUGGGAAAGCAGCAGCAGCAGGAGUCACAGGAGCAGGAACUACAGCAACACCACCAGGAACAGCAGAGGAACAUCAGGAAGCAGAAAACCUGGAGCAGCAGCUUGAGCAGGAGAAAGCACAAAGGGAAGAGCAGCUGAAGAAGCAGCUGGAAGAGAAGAAAAGGCUCUUGGACCAGCAACUGGAUCAAGAGGUGGCAAAGAGAUAUGAACAACUGGGAAUUAAGAAGGAGCAGCUGCUGGAUCCCCUGGGGCAGCAGGAGGAACAGCUGGAGAAGCCCGUGCUUGUCCCAGCUCCUGGCCAGGUUGUAGACAUCCAGCCAUCCCAGCCUCCAAAGGGAGAAGCCCUGCUCCCUGCAGAGCAGCAGCAGGAGCCAGGGGUCUAG